UUUUUAUCUGUUCUCAAAAUUCUAACUAGCGAGUAGUACUAUUUUUCAGAAUAUUGUUAUUUAUUUAUCUUCAUGUACGCAAUACUUCGAACAGCUUCUGAUCUCUGGUGAAUGGCCCUCCCUCGGCUAAUCCCAUCCCAUUCAUCUUCUUCUUCGCUCACUCACCAACCUUCGAUAAGCCUCAACGCUGUCGGUCCUUAUCUUUUAAACCCUAAUUUCAAGCCAUUUUCCAACUCUUCUUCGCUCUUCCAAUCCCCCAGGUUCCAUAGGCUCGGCUCCCUCCGAUGCUUCGCUUCCUCUUUCCCGGAGAAACGCCACCCGUAUCCUCCCCAAUCAGAUGAAUCCGUACAGAUAUCUCUAUUUCCUCUCCCCUUAGUUCUCUUCCCCGGCGCUGUUCUCCCCCUCCAGAUCUUCGAGUUCCGUUACCGCAUUAUGAUGCACACGCUCCUCCACACCGACCUCCCCUUUGGCGUUAUUUACUCUGAUCCCGUCGGUGGCACCUUUGACGUCGGCUUCGUCGGAGAGAUUUUCAAGCACGAACGCCUCGUCGACGACCGCUUCUUUCUCAUUUGUGAAUGUUAUGAGUAUCACUUGUAACACUAAAGUUAGUUAAAAAGUAGUUAGUUUGGUGUUAGCUGUUAAGGUUAGUUAGCAGCUAUCUCUGUGUAUUAAAUAGCAUGUAAACGACUAAAGAAAGAAUUGAAUGAAGAUAGAUAUUUUUCACGUAUCUGUUAUAAUGUCUAACAGUGAAGGCCAAGAACGGUUCCGCGUCACCAACAUCCUACGUAGGAAACCAUAUCUUGUCGCGGAAGUCAACUGGCUCGAAGACUCCCUCCAGCGACGAGGAUUUAGAAGGAAUAGCCGAUGAAGUGGAGAGUUGCACGAAAGACGUGAUUCGGUUAUCGAAUCGUCUCAAUGGAAAACCGCUAAAGGAAGCGCAGGAUUUGAGGAGGAACCUAUUUCCGACUCCGUUUUCAUUCUUUGUAGGGAGUACAUUCAAAGGGGCGCCGAAUUGUCUGCAGCAUCGGCUGUGAAAGACGUGUUUCCCUCUUCAUGACGAGAGAAUUGAGUAAAUUUUAAAGCAAACUUUGUUUAAAUUUUGGUGAAUAUGUUGUUGUGUGUAAUUUUUUGUACACGAAGGCAUCAUUUUUAUAUGAAAUUUUGCUUGUUUCUCA